UUCAGCUAGAAAAAGUGUUUGAUUACAGUGAGUACUGGGAAGUUGCAAGAGGUCUUUAUGCUGCCUUUGACUGCACAGCAACCAUGAAAUCAGGAAAUGCAGAUGUUUAUGAGAAUGAGAUCCCUGGUGGCCAGUAUACCAACCUCCACUUCCAAGCUCACAGUAUGGGACUGGGCAACAAAUUCAAAGAGGUGAAGAAGGCAUAUGCUGAAGCAAAUAAACUUCUUGGAGAUGUCAUUAAGGUAACUCCUUCCUCCAAAAUUGUUGGAGACUUGGCACAAUUUAUGGUACACAACGGACUCUCACGUGAACAAGUGGAGACUAUGGCAGAUGAAUUAUCCUUCCCAUUGUCUGUGGUCGAAUAUUUGCAGGGCUAUGUUGGAAUUCCUUAUGGUGGCUUUCCAGAACCUUUACGAUUCAAGGUUUUGAAAGACUUGCCACGUAUUGAGGGAAGACCUGGAGCCUCAUUGCCAUCAAUGGACUUUGUCAAACUAGAAGAAGGACUGCGAAGCAAGUAUGAUGACAUAACAUCAGAAGACAUCAUGUCCGCUGCUAUGUAUCCCAAAGUGUUUGAAGAGUAUAAGGACUUCAGCACUCAGUUUGGUCCUGUUGAAUGUCUCAACACCCGCCUCUUCCUAGAUGGACCCAAGAUAGCAGAGGAGUUUGAGGUUGAACUGGAAAAAGGAAAAACUUUGCAUAUUAAAGCACUUGCUCUGGGGGAUCUGAACAAAGCUGGCCAAAGGGAGGUGUUCUUUGAGCUCAAUGGUCAGCUCCGAUCUGUCCUUGUAAAAGAUACUCAGGCUAUGAAGGAGAUGCAUUUCCACCCUAAAGCCCUUAAAGAUGUAAAAGGACAGAUUGGAGCUCCUAUGCCAGGAAAAGUGAUUGAUAUCAAGGUUAAAGAGGGGGAAACAAUUAAAAAAGGUCAGCCUUUGUGUGUUCUUAGUGCAAUGAAGAUGGAAACAUUGGUCAACUCACCAAUCUCAGGAACAGUGAAGAAAAUCUACAUUAAAGCUGACAUGCACCUGGAAGGAGAAGAUCUUCUCUUAGAAAUUGAAUAAUAUGAAAAAGUAGAAU